AUGGCUCUCGUCAUUUCUUAUCUCAUCAACGGCCACAAAGCCCGCAAAAAAAGAGCCACAGAAACGCCAGCGAUGCACAGCCGCCGCUCGAAAGAUAUGUAUGCCCAUCCGGGCAUUCUUCACGCCAAGUCGCUGCUUCCUCGAGCAGCAGCCUCUUGUGUUUCAGCAGCAGCAGGGUUCGCCAACAUUUGCAUCCGGCUCGCCACAUAUGCGGCAGAGACCACAGUAGAGUCUGCGCGGGUCUCGACCGUGACGUCAUUGGCUCUGUCUGUCAAGGCGAUCGAAGGACUCAUUUCCAAGGCCAACCAAGAUACCCCCAAGGCCGAGGGCUGGGCGGAGCUAGGAAUAAACACAGCCCAGCAGACAGUCACGCUAGUGCAACUGUUCACAUCCAUCUCGUUCCACUUCACGUCAACGUCGAUUCACACGGUCUCGUCGUCCACCCAGGACGUGAUCCACGUGAUAGACUCUGUGUUUGGGGACUCAGAGUCCUCCAGAGCAAUCAGAUACAUUCUAGGCUUGGUGCGGCGCGAACUGGGCCAGCAGGUGGGCAUCUGGGAAAUGUUGUCAGCCAUGGUAUGCUACUCCGUCGCCCAUCCACGAACCUGGAACAACAUUGAAGAUGCGGAGACCCAGCUGCUUUGGGACGUGGUUGUCCUCGAGACUGGAGUCACCAUCUCCCAGCAGCUUCCCGACUCCGACCCUACAGAUAGCUUCAACGAAGAGCAGGCCGUGGCACUGCUUCCCCCUGACGCCAGAUACUCUCUCACAAUCACUGAGGAGAGUAUCCGGUCGGUGGCCAUCGAAGUAGUGGCCAAACGCCUGCCUCCACACAUGGACGUGCCCCGAGAUGCCCGCAUCGUCUACGAAAAGUGGCAGCGACUGGAUGAUAACAACAUCAGGUAUGAGCUCAAGUUUGAGAAGAGCGAAAAGACCUUCCGGGAGAGAAAAGGUAUUGCUCGACUAGAGCCCCACGAAUGCGACCACGUGACUGACGCUGUCAUCAAGACGCCUGAUGAAACGUUUAGAGAAGAUGACAAUAUCAAAGAGUCGAUCCAGACCCAACGGAUCUCGUCCCGGUCUGUUUCCGAAAUGGGAAUCGAGAAUCUGGUCCCUCGAACAGGCGAAUACGAAGUGUACCCUCCAGGACACCUCACCAAGAACCUGGCUCGGUACGUGCGGUUCUCCAGUGCCUCUUAUGGGCAGUCAUUCAUGAGACUUUUGGGUAUUGGACGGUUCGAUGUGCCUUUCAGCACCACUGGAGCCCAUCAUUCCGAGCAUUAUGCGUUUGCUCAUCAUGCUGGGGUCAGUCUCGAUCAGAUUUUGUUAUCCAGCUAUAGCGACAAGGUGGUGGAUACUUCCAGUGGCAUUCUGUUGGAUCAUUUCAUUGUUGUGGACCACGAUCCCAAAGCGGUCGUUCUGACAAUCAGAGGAACCUGGGGUCUAGAUGACGUGCUCACCGAUCUGGCGUGCGAGUAUGAGAACUUUGAGAUCCACGGUUCGUCAUACAAGGCCCACCACGGCAUUUUGAGAUGUGCCCGUAGCAUGAUUCGCAAGAACAGCCGUGUUCUGAAAACCAUCAAAACCGCCAUGGACGGAAUGGGCCCCGAGUAUGGUCUCAUAAUCUGUGGCCAUUCUCUUGGUGGAGGCGUUGGAGCACUACUAAGCAUUCUUCUAACAGUAUACGACACCGAGAUAGAUGAUUUUGUCACCUCCGAGCAGUCCAUGCUGCCCCCUGGUAGACGGGUUCAUUGUUUCACAUACGGCUGUCCCCCUACCAUUUCAGAGCAGCUGCGAAUCAUGACCGAGCGACUCAUCACCUCGGUGGUGUACGGCUGCGACAUUGUGCCCAGCUUGUCUCUUGGCAUGCUCCAGGACUUCCAAGCCAUAGCUCUUGCAUUUCGCGAUGAGAAGCGCGGGGUUGUGGGCGAGACCAAGAAGCGGCUGUUUGCCCAGCUGGCCACCAGCAGAGUGCCGUACAUGUAUCGGCAGGAUGACUAUCUGUUGACCUUGGCCAAGACACUGCGGGGCCUGAUGCAGAAUGAGAAGCUUGUUCCUCCUGGACGAGUGAUCCAUAUUUCUACCAAUGUGUUGCUAGAAGUUCACCAGGGCCGAACCAAGAAGGCCAAUCGCGUGGUUGGCAAGGUUGUGUUGGAUGUGGAGCGGCGGUUUGGGGAGCUUGUUCUUGGGAAAGGUGUAUUUGAUCACUCCCCGAUUUACUAUGAGCAGGCCUUGAAUACGUUGGAGCAGGGUGUCAACUCAGCCCCCAGGUAG